CGCACAAAAUGUUGUAAGCAAAACGAGAGAAAAUCAAAAGACUUUCAGUCCUGCUGCACGGUGGGACGAGAACGCACAAAAAGCUCUCCAAAACAAAGCGAAAGCACGCACAAAGUGAAUCAAAAACGAGUGAGAAUCAAAGAGGGGCAAACCCCAACAGAAACCAUCUUCAACUCCGACUUCCAACAACGAAUCGCCAUGCCACGCCCCCAGCACGCCCUGCUGCGAGCCCUACUGAAGCUGAUGCUCUUCGCCAGCAUUGCGGAGCACUGUGCCACGGCGCUGCCCACCACCUCCUCGCCGGCGCCCUUCACGGCGCCAACGCCGAUGGCCAACAACAGCAGCAGCAGCAGCCCGAAUCGUGAUCUGGCCGAUCUAGUCAACGCUGAGGCCGAGACCGGCUCCGGAUGGGAAACACUUGAGACUGAAUUCAACCUGGCAUCGACCACCACCAGCGCCCACAGCACCACCUCCCAGCUCCACCCCGACGAGCAGCAGCAGCAGCCCACAUCUCCCACCUCCAUCGAGCAGCAGGAUCAGCCGCCAGAGGUGCCGGCCACCACUCUGUCCUUCGCCAACGCCGUGCCCGGGCCCGUUCCCGUGGCCGGGGAAAUGGGCAAUGGUUCCGGGUUCGGCUUCAACGACGCCACACCCCCCUAUGCUGCAGUCGACGAAAGUUAUGUGCCAAGCAAGCCCCAGAAUCUCACCGUACUAGAUGUGUCCGCGAACAGCAUCACGAUGUCGUGGCAUCCGCCGAAGAACCAGAACGGGGCCAUCGCCGGCUACCAUGUCUUCCACAUACACGACAACCAGACGGGCGUGGAGAUUGUGAAGAACUCGCGGAAUUCGGUGGAGACCCUCAUACACUUUGAGCUGCAGAAUUUGCGACCCUAUACCGACUACCGGGUGAUUGUGAAGGCGUUUACCACCAAGAACGAGGGCGAACCCUCCGAUCAGAUUGCCCAGCGCACGGACGUGGGGGGCCCCAGUGCGCCGGCGAUUGUGAAUCUCACCUGCCACUCGCAGGAGUCCAUAACGAUACGCUGGCGAAGACCCUACGAGUUCUACAACACGAUCGACUUCUACGUGAUAAAGACGCGUCUGGCGGGCCAGGACUCGCAUCGGGAUAUUCGGAUCAAUGCCUCGGCCAAGGAACUGGAAACGGCGAUGAUUCUGCAAAAUCUAACAACCAAUUCGUACUACGAGGUCAAAGUGGCAGCGGCAACAUUCAGUGUCAUAAAUCCAAAGAAAAUCGUCUUGGGCAAAUUCUCAGAGUCAAGGAUUAUCCAACUGCAGCCGAACUGCGAGAAGCUCCAGCCACUGCUCCGGCAAUCGCAUAACGAUUACAACCUGGCCGUCCUCGUGGGCAUCAUCUUCAGCUGCUUCGGCAUCAUACUGAUCAUCAUGGCCUUCUUCCUCUGGAGCAGAAAGUGCUUCCACGCUGCCUACUACUAUCUGGACGAUCCGCCACACCAUCCCAACGCCCCGCAGGUGGACUGGGAGGUGCCCGUCAAGAUUGGCGACGAGAUCCGUGCCGCAGUGCCCGUGAAUGAGUUUGCCAAGCAUGUGGCCUCGCUGCACGCAGAUGGGGACAUUGGCUUCAGCAGGGAGUACGAGGCCAUUCAGAACGAGUGCAUCAGCGACGACCUGCCCUGCGAGCACUCCCAUCACCCGGAGAACAAGCGCAAGAACCGCUAUCUGAACAUCACAGCCUACGAUCACAGUCGCGUCCAUCUGCAUCCCACGCCGGGACAAAAGAAGAACCUGGACUACAUAAAUGCCAACUUCAUUGAUGGCUACCAAAAGGCGCACGCCUUCAUCGGCACCCAGGGCCCGCUGCCCGACACCUUCGACUGCUUCUGGCGCAUGAUCUGGGAGCAGCGCGUGGCCAUCAUUGUGAUGAUCACGAAUCUGGUGGAGCGCGGCCGACGCAAGUGCGACAUGUACUGGCCGAAGGAUGGGGUCGAGACCUACGGCGUCAUUCAGGUGAAGCUCAUCGAGGAGGAGGUCAUGUCCACGUACACGGUUCGCACGCUGCAGAUCAAGCAUCUGAAGUUGAAGAAGAAGAAGCAGUGCAACACGGAGAAGCUUGUCUACCAGUAUCACUAUACGAAUUGGCCAGAUCAUGGCACCCCGGAUCACCCCUUGCCCGUGCUGAACUUCGUGAAGAAAUCCUCGGCUGCCAAUCCCGCCGAGGCUGGUCCCAUUGUCGUGCACUGCAGCGCUGGCGUUGGUCGCACUGGCACCUACAUCGUUCUGGACGCCAUGCUCAAGCAGAUCCAACAGAAAUCGAUUGUGAAUGUGUUUGGUUUUCUGCGUCACAUCCGGGCCCAGCGGAACUUCCUUGUCCAGACCGAGGAGCAGUACAUAUUCCUGCACGACGCCCUCGUGGAGGCCAUAGCAUCGGGCGAGACAAAUUUGGCGAGCGACCAGGUCGAGGAGCUGCGGAACUGCACUCCAUAUUUGGAGCAGCAGUACAAGAACAUCAUCCAGUUCCAGCCAAAGGACAUACACAUUGCGUCGGCCAUGAAGCAGGUCAACUCGAUCAAGAAUCGCGGUGCCAUCUUCCCCAUCGAGGGCAGCCGGGUGCAUCUCACCCCCAAGCCGGGCGAGGACGGCAGCGACUAUAUCAACGCUUCGUGGCUGCACGGCUUCCGGCGGCUGCGGGACUUCAUUGUCACCCAACACCCCAUGGCCCACACGAUAAAGGAUUUCUGGCAAAUGGUCUGGGACCACAAUGCGCAGACCGUCGUGCUGCUGUCCUCCCUCGAUGAUAUAAACUUUGCCCAGUUCUGGCCAGACGAGGCCACGCCCAUCGAGAGCGAUCACUAUCGCGUGAAAUAUCUGAACAAGACCAACAAGAGCGACUACGUGACUCGGGACUUUGUCAUUCAGUCCAUACAGGAUGACUACGAGCUGACGGUCAAGAUGCUGCACUGUCCCAGCUGGCCGGAGAUGUCCAAUCCGAACAGCAUUUACGACUUCAUUGUGGACGUCCAUGAGCGCUGCAAUGACUAUCGCAAUGGACCAAUUGUUAUAGUGGACAGGUACGGUGGGGCGCAGGCGUGCACCUUCUGUGCCAUCUCAUCGCUGGCCAUUGAGAUGGAAUACUGCAGCACGGCGAAUGUCUACCAGUAUGCCAAGCUGUAUCACAAUAAGCGGCCCGGGGUGUGGACAUCCAGCGAGGACAUACGCGUCAUCUACAAUAUACUUUCAUUUUUGCCUGGCAAUUUGAAUCUGCUGAAGCGCACGGCGCUACGCACUGAAUUCGAGGAUGUGACAACGGCCACGCCGGAUCUCUAUAGCAAAAUAUGCAGCAAUGGUAAUGUUCCCCAGCAUAUCAUACUCCAGCAGCAGCAGCUGCUGCACCAACAGCAAUACCAACAACAUCAGCAGCAGCAACAGUUGCAGCUACAGCUGCAACAGCAGCAGCCACUAGCACUCGCACAAGCACAGCCACAGCCACAACCACAACCACAAACACAAAUACAGACCACUCGUAGUCAUAGUGAACUAAAUGAGACAGCAUCCAAUACACCCUCCAAUACUAAUCCCAGCCUCUUGCCCAUCUCAUCAUUGUUACCGCCCACAGUUGUUCCAACAUCCAAUACCUCCACACCACCACCACUACCAGCACCACCAAUAUCUCCAUCUCCGUCACCACCAACAGUCCAACUCCAACUCCAGUCACCACCAUCACCAUCCCAGCGAGAUAUGCCCAGUCCGAGUGGCACUGCAACAACCGGCACUGCAACACCAACACCAACAUCAACACCAACACCAAACAUCAUCCCCACUGCAUCCCCAACAAAUCUAACCCAUACUAAUGCCAAUUUCCAUACUGUUACUAAUAAUGCUGCUCAUCUGGUGAACAAUGAACUGACGCCGAUGCUCGAUGAUCUGAACUUUGAACAACAUCAACAACAACAAAUGCUGGCACUGAUGCAACAACAAACGCAACUGCAACAACAAUACAACAUGCAUCAUCAUAAUCACAACGCCAAUUCGGUGGCUGGUGAACUGCUGACUCCAACAACAACGCCUGAAUCAACAACAACAACAACAAUCGCAACUACGAUGAACAACAAUGUCACAACUGCAGCAGCGACAGAUGCUCAAAACUUAGAUAUUGUAGGCUAAACUAAAGAUAAAAUUUACAACAGCAGAUGGCGAUUAGGAGAUUAAAUCAUUUUAUAAAUGUUUAAAAAUAUAUAUAUUUAAAAUU